AUCCAACUUUACGCACAAGAGGGGGCGGCCCCGGUGGCACGUACUCGUCUGCUAAAGGCUGAAAGUUAUACUGAAGGUCCCACUUUAAUGGGUGACGCGCUAAAAAAGACUUUUGGAAAAGCUACAGGGAAAUUUACCAUCGUCUUUUAAUCCGGACGCUGUGCAGUUUUCUCGUUUGAGUAAGAGAAUGAUUCCCUAACUCAGUGCGCAACUGUUCCUUAAUAAGUAUCGAAGGACUCACGCGUCUGUGGUCUGCGUUAGUAUUGCUGUUAUGAGCGCAAAUGCAAUUCUGAGAAAUUAAAUAAGUGAAGUUAAAUCAGAACAGACACGCACCAGCGAUGCAACCCGGCCGUUUGAAGACAACCUGAAUCGUUUGAAUCAGGCUUCAUAUUCGCAGCAAUGGUCCGAUAAUUGGAAGACAGAUAGAGAGACAGAAAUAAGAAAUACAGAGCUAAAAAAAAGGCAUUUGGGACACUUUGAGGUGUGUUCGUGGGAACAUCUGCCUCUCACGUCCAGGUGUCCCGCCGAGCGGUGCGGAGUCUGCAGCUCAGUCCGGCAGCGCUGACAUGCUGCCCAAAGUCGAGACUGAAUCCCUGGGACUCUCUCGACCGUAUGGAGAACAAGGGCGCAUGCCAAGGAUUAUGCAAGCCCACCAGUUAAAAAUGAUGGACUACUCCUAUGACGAAGACUUGGACGAGAUGUGCCCCGUGUGCGGAGACAAGGUUUCAGGCUAUCACUACGGACUACUGACCUGCGAGAGCUGCAAGGGCUUCUUCAAGCGCACCGUCCAGAACAACAAGCGCUACACAUGUAUAGAGAACCAGAGCUGCCAGAUUGACAAGACCCAGAGGAAACGUUGCCCGUACUGCCGCUUUCAAAAGUGCCUCACCGUCGGCAUGAAGCUAGAAGCUGUUCGGGCGGACCGCAUGCGUGGUGGUCGCAACAAGUUCGGCCCGAUGUACAAACGUGACCGGGCCCUUAAGCAGCAGAAGAAGGCUCUGAUCCGAGCCAACGGCCUGAAGAUUGAGGCCAUGACUCAGGUGAUGCAAGCCGUGCCCACUGACCUCACCAUCUCCUCGGCCAUCCAGAACAUCCACUCGGCCGCAUCAAAGGGCCUUCCUCUGAGCCACCACCCUGGCCACCACACCGGUCACCACCACCACCACCACCAUCAUGCCACCGCCCUACCCCCCACAGACUACGACCGCAGCCCAUUUGUCACUUCACCGGUCAGCAUGGCAAUGCCACCACACGCUGGCAGCCUGCAGGGCUACCAGGCGGCCUACGGACACUUCCAAGGCACGCGAACCAUCAAGUCCGAGUACCCAGACCCGUACACCAGCUCGCCGGAGUCCAUCAUGGGCUACGCCUACGUCGAUGCGUACCAGACAGGCUCGCCGCCCAGCUUCCCUCACUUGAUCGUAGAGCUGCUCAAGUGUGAGCCAGAUGAGCCGCAGGUUCAGGCCAAGAUCAUGGCCUACCUGCAGCAGGAGCAAGCCAGCCGAGGCAAACACGAGAAGCUCAACACCUUCGGCCUCAUGUGCAAGAUGGCGGACCAGACGCUCUUCUCCAUCGUGGAGUGGGCACGCAGCAGCAUCUUCUUCCGUGAACUUAAGGUGGACGACCAGAUGAAGCUCCUGCAGAACUGCUGGAGCGAACUUCUCAUCCUUGACCACGUCUUUCGGCAGGUGAUGCAUGCCAAGGAGGGCUCCAUCUUAUUGGUCACUGGCCAGCAGGUGGACUAUGCAGUGAUCGCUUCACAGGCGGGAGCCACCCUCAACAACCUGUUGAGCCAUGCCCAGGAGCUGGUGGCCAAGCUACGUUCCCUGCAGCUAGACCAACGGGAGUUCGUCUGCCUCAAGUUCCUGGUCCUAUUCAGCCUGGAUGUGAAGAACCUGGAGAACUUCCACCUGGUAGAAAGCGUCCAGGAGCAGGUCAACGCAGCGCUGCUGGACUACGUCAUGUGUAACUACCCGCAGCAAACAGACAAGUUUGGCCAGCUGCUCCUCCGGCUGCCAGAGAUCCGAGCCAUCAGCCUGCAGGCCGAAGAAUACCUUUACUACAAACACCUGAACGGCGACGUGCCCUGCAACAACCUGCUCAUUGAAAUGCUUCACGCCAAGAGAGCUUAGGAGGGGACUGCGCUACCCAUAAUGCAGCUGUGCAGACAUGCUGAGAGUUUUGCUGCAGUCUAAAAACUCCAAAUGACUGAACCUCCAGCUCAGACUGGACUGAGUGAUGACCUGGAGGAUGGAGAGCAGAGAGUGUCAGCAACUCUUGUUUAUAUUAAGUUCAUUUUGAUCUUCAAGUUACAACUUGGACUACAGAUUUUGGACAAACACACAUGCACGGAGACAGAUUUUGUGCACACACUAACAGCAUAUGGAUCCUUUUAUUCUAUAAAAAAAAAAAAAAAGUCUGAGAGAAGAGCCGCUUGUCUUCAACCACACAGACAAAGACA